UCUUCAGUUCUCCUUGCAAUGGCUUUAAAUGCAAAACUUUAAUGGUCAAUUGGGACCGUGAGUUAACAAGGAAAAUAUGGAUCAUCUAUCAUUGCCCUGUCAGCUCCUUAUCGGAACUUCGGAAUCGGAAGUAAUAUUAAAUUUUGGAAACGCAAGUGCUAUAAUUCAGAAAAUGUCAACAGAAUCGAUCUACCAAACACUUGACUGAUUUUGGCUGCAUUUGCGCGAAGAAGGUGAAGUCAAAAGAGCUUCGUAUGCUGAGAAAAUCACCUUGAAAAUUAGUCCGAUGAAUUGUAAAAUUAGCGCUGUGCAUGAACAUCAAGCGGUAGACUGAGAGAGGAUACUAUUUCGUAGUGUGUCUGGAGUUGCUUUACUCGAGGGAUUGGCGUGAGCUUCUAAUGGCGAAUCAGUUACUUUUGUUGCUGUUCCUUUUUGGAGAAAUCUUUUGCGGGCAAUCCAAGUUCAUAGUGUAUAACACAUCGCAGAGCAUAGUUCCCGGUAAGCUAAACAUUCACCUGGUUCCUCACACCCACGACGACGUUGGUUGGUUGAAGACUGUUGAUCAGUACUAUGUUGGCUCUAAUAAUUCGAUUCAGGGGGCUUGUGUUCAAAAUGUGUUAGACUCCUUAGUUCCCUCGCUGUUGGCUGACAAGAAUCGGAAAUUUAUCUACGUUGAGAUAGCUUUUUUUCAGCGAUGGUGGAGGGAUCAGAGUGAAGCUAUUAAGCAUAUUGUCAAGCAACUUGUCAGUUCGGGUCAAUUAGAAUUCAUAAAUGGUGGCAUGUGUAUGCAUGACGAGGCGGCAACACAUUACAUAGACAUGAUUGAUCAAACAACAAUGGGACAUCGGUUCCUGAAAGAGGAGUUUGGCGUGACUCCUAGAAUUGGUUGGCAAAUUGACCCCUUUGGACAUUCUGCUGUGCAGGCAUACUUGUUGGGAUCUGAAGUUGGCUUUGACUCCCUUUUCUUUGGUCGAAUAGAUUAUCAAGAUAGAGCUAAGCGCAAAAAUGAAAAGAGUCUUGAGGUUAUCUGGCAGGGAAGCAAGAGCCUUGGUUCAUCUGCUCAGAUCUAUGCUGGUGCAUUCCCUGAGAAUUAUGAGCCACCUGCUGGAUUUUACUUUGAAGUUAAUGACGACUCACCAAUUGUUCAAGAUAACAUUGAUUUGUUUGAUUACAAUGUCCAAGAUCGAGUAAAUGACUUUGUUGCUGCUGCUGUAUCACAGGCUAAUAUAACUCGAACAAAUCAUAUAAUGUGGACUAUGGGAACGGAUUUUAAGUAUCAAUAUGCACAGUCAUGGUUCCGGCAGUUGGACAAGCUUAUACACUAUGUCAACAAGGAUGGACGUGUCAAUGCCCUCUACUCUACGCCAUCUAUAUACACUGAUGCAAAAUAUGCUACAAAUGAGUUGUGGCCAUUCAAGACUGAUGAUUUCUUCCCCUAUGCAGAUCGAGUAAAUGCUUAUUGGACAGGAUACUUUACCAGCAGGCCAGCCUUCAAAUACUAUGUCAGACUAAUGAGUGGCUAUUAUUUGGCUGCAAGACAGCUAGAACUUUUUAAGGGGAGGGUGAAUUCAGGGCCAAAUACUGAUUCAUUGGCUGAUGCUUUAGCGAUUGCUCAACACCAUGAUGCAGUCAGUGGUACAGAAAAGCAGCAUGUGGCCAAUGAUUAUUCUAAACGAUUAUCAAUCGGAUACAAAGAGGCAGAGCAAUUGGUCGCAUCUUCACUUGCUUGCCUGGUUGAGUCUGUGUCAUUUCCAGGAUGUCAGAAUCCAGUUACUAAGUUUCAACAGUGUCCACUUAUGAAUGUAAGUUACUGUCCUCCGUCAGAAGUUGAUCUGAUUCAAGGGAAAAAUUUGGUUGUUGUGGUUUACAACUCUCUUGGCUGGUGGAGGAAUGAAGUGGUUCGAAUUCCUGUCACAAAUGGAGAUGUCACAGUUUAUGAUUCUGAGGGUAAAGAAAUAGUGUCUCAACUUCUACCUCAGGCUGAGGUCUAUGCAUCCUUAAGAAACUACCAUGUCAUGGCAUAUUUGGGAGAAACUCCAGCCAAGGCACCCAAGUAUUGGCUUGCAUUUACAGUAUCUGUCCCACCUCUUGGUUUUAGCACAUACACGGUCUCAGCUGCCAACAGGACAGUUGCAGGUUCCGCCAGAUCAUCUGUGUAUACAUAUCAAAGUAGUGAAACAACGAAAAUUGAAGUUGGUCAAGGGAAUUUGAGGCUUACAUUUUCUCCAAAUCAAGAAAAAUUUACCAACUAUGUUAAUACCAGAAACUUGGUUGAGGAACAGAUUGAACAGAGGUAUUUGUACUACUCAGGAUAUAAUGGAACUGAUGAAGAAGUGCCACAGAAUUCCGGUGCCUAUGUAUUCCGUCCAAAUAACACAUAUCUCAUAGAGCAUGAAAGACAGGUUCCAUCGACUGUUAUGCGUGGACCCUUACUAGAUGAAGUGCAUCAACAGAUAAAUCCGUGGAUAUAUCAGAUUACCAGACUGAACAAGGAAAAAGAGCAUGUUGAAGUAGAGUUUAUUGUUGGCCCCAUACCUAUUGAUGAUGGAAUUGGUAAAGAAGUUGUUACUAGUAUUUCAACCUCUAUGGAAACCAACAAAACAUUCUACACAGAUUCUAAUGGGCGUGAUUUUAUCAAAAGG